AUGGUCAGCCCUGCCUUCACCAUCCGAGGCGCCAGGAGGAGGGAUUCGACGGGCAGAGGCAGCGGCCUCUUUUGGGUCCGCUGGGGGGCGGAUUGGGGCCUCCUCAUAAGGGCAACCUCGACAGCCCUGACAGCGACAGGCCCGCCGCAGUGCCCAGAAAGGCCCCCGGUGGCCCAGCGCCUCCCCGGCUCUUUCUGGAUGGAGGCGCCUCAGGAAGGAGCUAGCGGCCUGCACUCUCCCGCCGCCGCUGACCACACCUCCCCUAGCGCAGAGGCCGCUGUAAAGAGCAGGAAAUGCUGCACCAGACUUCCUCAAAUGUCCCUUGUGGGACUCCAGCUCCCUAGUGAAGGCUGGUUCCCACAGACGGCUCUCAGUGAGGCGCAGAUGCACCAGCAGCCCCUAAGCCUGGGGCUGAGUGUGGGCCCUGCAAAGUUGGGACAGGAAGCACAGCUGCCCCCCCGGGAUCUUGGUGUGAACGCUAGGAUGGAGCUGGGGGCAGCCCCUGAGACCUUCGUGCUGGAGCUUCGGUGUCUUGAAGAUGGGGGCCCAGGGCCUGGCACCCUCUCAGGUGGCAGCGGUGGGGGUGAGAGUCAAGAGGAAGAAGAGGCUCAGGAGAACGGCAGCCCACCGCGGCCAACAAGCUCAGCCCCGAUGGGGGCCGGGGAGCUCCCCGAGGAAGCACAGCCCGGACAGCAGGAGUUGCAACUGCAACAGUCAGAACGGCAGCGAGAGCUGCAGCCAGAGCAGCAAACACAAAGCCAGCCGUCAGGACAGCAGCUAGAAUUGCAGCAACCACAGCUGCAGCUGCAGCAGCACCUGCAGCAGGAACAGUCACAGCAGCUGCAGCACCUGCAGCAGGAACAGUCACAGCAGCUGCAGCAGCAGCACCUGCAGCAGGACCAGUUACGGCAGCAGCAGCACCUGCAGCAGGACCAGUUACAGCAGCUGCAGCACCUGCAGCAGGACCAGUCACAGCAGCUGCGGCAGGACCUGCAGCAGGAACAGUCACAGCAGCAGCAGCAGGACCUGCAGCAGGAACAGUUACAGCAGCAGCAGCAGCACCUGCAGCAGGAACAGUUACAGCAGCAGCAGCAGCAGCACCUACAGCAGGAACAGUUACAACAGCAGCAUCUGAGGCAGGAACAGUUACAGCAGCAGCAGCAGCAGCAGGACCUGCAGCAGGAACAGUUACAGCAGCAGCAGCAGCAUCUGCGGCAGGAACAGUUACAGCAGCAGCAGCAGCAGCACCUGCAGCAGGAACAGUUACAGCAGCAGCAGCAGCACCUGCAGCAGGAACAGUUACAACAGCAGCAGCAGCACCUGCAGCAGGAACAGUUACAGCAGCAGCAGCACCUGCAGCAGGAACAGUUACAGCAGCAGCAACAGCAGCAGCUGCUGCAGCAGCAACAGUUACAGCAGCAGCAGCUGUUGCAGCAGCAGCAGCAGCCCCGUCCACUGGAGCCAGAGGAGGAGGAAGAGGUGGAGCUGGAGCUCAUGCCGGUGGACCUGGGGACGGAGCAGGAACUGGAGCAGCAGCGGCAGGAGCUGGAGAGACAACAGGAACAGCGGCAGCUGCAGCUCAAACUGCAGGAGCAGCUGCAGCAGCUGGAGCAGCAGCUGGAGCAGCAGCAGCAGCAGCAGCUGGAGCAGCAGCAGGAGGUGCAGCUGGAGCUGACCCCGGUGGAUCUGGGAGCCCAGCAGCAGGAGGUGCAGCUGGAGCUGACCCCCGUGCAGCCGGAGCUGCAGCUGGAGCUGGUGCCCGCCGCAGGGGGCGGCGGGACUCCGGCCCCGGGCGCUCCAGCCGCGGUCGUGGUGGCCCCCCCGGGCUACGUGGUGCUGCAGGAGCUCAUGGUGUUGCCGGCCGUGGCGGCGCCCGCGGUGGUGGCCAUCCCGGGCCCCGCGGGCAGCGCGGCGCUGACUCCGGCCAGGCAGCGGCGGCGGCGGCGCGCGCGGGACCGGCCGACCAUCUGCGGGGAGUGCGGCAAGGGCUUCAGCCGCAGCACGGACCUGGUGCGGCACCAGGCCACGCACACGGGCGAGCGGCCGCACCGCUGCGGCGAGUGCGGCAAGGGCUUCUCGCAGCACUCCAACCUGGUGACGCACCAGCGCAUCCACACGGGCGAGAAGCCCUACGCCUGCUCCUACUGCGCCAAGCGCUUCAGCGAGAGCUCGGCGCUCGUGCAGCACCAGCGCACGCACACGGGCGAGCGGCCCUACGCCUGCGGCGACUGCGGCAAGCGCUUCAGCGUCUCGUCCAACCUCCUGCGCCACCGGCGCACGCACUCGGGCGAGCGGCCCUACGUCUGCGAGGACUGCGGCGAGCGCUUCCGCCACAAGGUGCAGAUCCGCCGCCACGAGCGCCAGCUGCACGGCGCCGGCCGCUCGCGAGGCCUGGGCCUGCUCCGCGGCUCGCGCGCGGCCACCGGCGGCCCACCGCGCUCCGAGCAGCCGCGCUCGACCCCGCGUGACCGGAAGUGGCCCCCCGUGGGCGCGGGCGGGGCGGGGCCCGGCGGCGGCACUUCCGGUGCCCACGCGCCGCCGCCGCGCAGCUCCGGGGCCGUCACUUUGUGUAGCGCGGGGCGCGCAGGCCCGGCCCGGCCCCGGCGUCCGGCGGCGGCUCGGCCGGCCCGGCGCGCGCGCGGUGCACCAGCCUCUUCGAAGGCAGAGACUCUCAGUGCUUCUGGCGUGGGUUCCAUUUGGAAGGACCCUGAAGAGCGGAGGGAUCCUGACCUGCUGGCCUUCCCGGCAGUGGUGAAUGAGCCUGCCAGUCUCAUUGCACCCCUGCCCAGGCCUCUCCUCUCACACCCCUGCCGGCACAGUGUGGGUGCUGAGAGCUGGGCCGAGCUGAGGCUCUCCUCCGGGGAAGAUGGCAGCCCUGCGAACCGCUCCGGGCUCACCAGCCACGCAGCCGGCGAAGGCGGAGGAUGGGUGGAGGUGGAGUUGGAGGAGGACGGCGAUGUGGAGGAGGUGACGGCGGAGGAGCGGAGUCUGACCUUGGGGGCCCAGGAGCGCCGCAGCCACGCUGCUGAUGCCAAGUCUCCGGGGCUGGUGACCUUUGAAGAUGUGGCUGUGUACUUCUCAUUGGAGGAAUGGGAAAGGCUGGAUGCAGACCAGCGGGACCUUUACAAGGACGUCAUGCAGGAAAACUAUGGGAUCCUGGUGUCCUUGGGCUACCCAAUCCCCAAGCCGGAUCUGAUCUUCCGGCUGGAGCAAGGGGAGGAGCCCUGGGUCCCAGAUAGCCCCCGUCCUGAUGAAGGAGACAUUGUCACUGGCGUCUACACAGCCUGGGCCGUAGCAGGGCAGAGGCGACCAGUUGACCUCACAUAUGAGGACUUUGACUUUGAAAGUGGGGACGCCGUGGCUUGCUCAAGGGAGGAGCCUGCAAGGGGCUGCCUCGACCGACUCUCACCUCUCUUCUGGCCUUUGUCGCCUUCAGGGGCCUGGUUCUGGACCGACGACCUAGACGACCAUGAGGAGGACGACGACGAGGACUUCCUGGCGGAGGUGGCCGAGGAAGAGAACGAGCCCCCGGGGCUCUGGUCAGCGGCCUACGGCGUGGGGGACGUUCCUGGGACGUGGGGCCCCGAUGACUCGGAUUCAGCGCAGACUCCGGAGGGGUGGGGUCCCGACCCCGGGACCCUCGGGGUCCUGGCCGAGGGGUCCGAGGCGAAGCCCUUCUUGCCGGGCCGGGAGCCUGGCGUGAACCUGCUGGCGCCCUGGGCGUUCCCUGCCACUGUGGCUGCUCCGGCCGGGCGGCCCGAGACCACGUGCGACGUGUGCGGCAAAGUGUUCCCGCACCGGUCCCGGCUGGCCAAGCACCAGCGCUACCACGCGGCCGUCAAGCCCUUCGGCUGCGACGAGUGCGGCAAGGGCUUCGUGUACCGCUCGCAUCUGGCCAUCCACCAGCGCACGCACACCGGAGAGAAGCCCUUCCCGUGCCCGGACUGCGGCAAGCGCUUCGUCUACAAGUCGCACCUGGUCACGCACCGGCGCAUCCACACGGGCGAGCGGCCCUACCGCUGCGCCUUCUGCGGGGCGGGCUUCGGGCGCCGCUCCUACCUGGUCACGCACCAGCGCACGCACACGGGCGAGCGGCCCUACCCGUGCCCGCACUGCGGCCGCAGCUUCAGCCAGAGCUCGGCGCUCGCGCGGCACCAGGCGGUGCACACGGCCGACCGGCCGCACUGCUGCCCCGACUGCGGCCAGGCCUUCCGCCUGCGCGCCGACUUCCAGCGCCACCGGCGCGGCGGCGGCUGCGCGGAGCCCGGCGGCGACGGCUCUCGGCGGGAGCCCUGCGACACGGUGCCCGCGGCGGGGCCCGAGGAGGCCGAGGCCGGGCCGGAGGAGCCCGAGGAGGCCGAGGCCGGCGAGGCUGACGGAGAGGCCGAGGCGAGAGAGGAGGCGGAGGCGGCGGCGGCGGCGGCGGCGGCGGCGGCGGUGGUGGGGCCCAGCCCCGGGCGCAAGGAGGACCCCGAGCCGGACAGGCGAUUCCUCGAGCUGGGCAACGGCCUGGGGGAGGGCGAAGGCCCUUCCUCGCACCCACUCGGCUUCCACUUUCCCGUGCACCCCAAGUCCUGGCUCCACCCGGACGGCUUCCCGAUCCUGGGCCUCCCGGACUUCGGGGAGCGGCUGCCGGCCGACGGGCGCCCCCUGCCGGGACCCCUGGGGGACCGGCUCGCUCUGGUGGAGGGCGCCGGGCUAGCCUGCGACCCUUUCGGCGGCGGUGUGCUGGGGGGCGGCGGCGGCGGCGGCGGCGGGCUGCGCGCAUUCGCGCCGGCCGUCGGGGGGCUGCUGGCCGAGCCGGCGCCCGCCGCGCUGACUGAGGAGGAGAGCCCGUGGAUCUGCUCCGACUGCGGCAAGACGUUCGGGCGCCGCGCGGCGCUGGCCAAGCACCAGCGCUACCACGCGGGCGAGCGGCCGCACCGCUGCGCGGACUGCGGCAAGAGUUUCGUGUACGGCUCGCACUUGGCGCGCCACCGCCGCACGCACACGGGCGAGCGGCCCUUCCCGUGCCCCGAGUGCGGCGCGCGCUUCGCCCGCGGCUCGCACUUGGCGGCGCACGUGCGGGGCCACACGGGCGAGAAGCCCUUCGUGUGCGGCGUGUGCGGCGCGGGCUUCAGCCGGCGCGCGCACCUGACGGCGCACGGGCGCGCGCACACGGGCGAACGGCCCUACGCGUGCGGCGAGUGCGGCCGCCGCUUCGGGCAGAGCGCAGCGCUGACGCGGCACCAGUGGGCGCACGCCGAGGAGAAGCCGCACCGCUGCCCCGACUGCGGCAAGGGCUUCGGCCACAGCUCGGACUUCAAGCGGCACCGGCGCACGCACACGGGCGAGAAGCCCUUCCGCUGCACGGACUGCGGCCGCGGCUUCGCGCAGCGCUCCAACCUGGCCAAGCACCGGCGCGGCCACACCGGCGAGCGGCCCUUCCCGUGCCCCGAGUGCGGCAAGCGCUUCUCGCAGCGCUCGGUGCUCGUGACGCACCAGCGCACGCACACGGGCGAGCGGCCCUACGCCUGCGCCAACUGCGGCCGCCGCUUCUCGCAGAGCUCGCACCUGCUCACCCACAUGAAGACGCACCGCAGCGCGGCGGGCGCGCCCGGCUCGGCGCCAGCGGCCCCCGCGUCUAAGGCCGAGGCUCCCGCCAAGGGGCCGCCGGUCGCGGGCAGCGGGCCCGGGGAGCGCGGCAGCACCCUGCUGGAGUUCGCGGGCGGAACGAGCUUCGGCUCUGAGCCGACGGCCACCUUCGCGGGGCCCUCGGGCGCCUACGAGGAGAGCAUCCUGUGAUGGCCGGAGGCCGACGGAGGCGCAGCCCGCUGGGCCGCCGGCCCCUUGCUCCUCUGGCCUCGGGGUGCUGAGGGCCCCAGUCCUGGUGCGGUGCCUUCCCCUCAGCCCCCGGUGCACCGCACCGCCCCCCCGGCCUCGGGCGCCCCUCCUGCCCGGCCCCGGGAAACCGGGUCGCCAAGCUCGUCCGGCCGUGCAGGGGGCGUGUGGGGAGAGGAGAGCCGCGCGCGGAGGAGGCGAGGGCAGGGGGCGGCCACCCCGACCAAGACUGCGGCAUCCCUGGGUCUGUG